AUGGAACCGAAGCCUGGUCGACUGGUAAAAGCUCUAUAUGAAUUUCCAACAGAUGAUGAAAGUGAGUUACCCUUAGAAAUAGGGGAUAUUGUCCAAGUUCAAGAGAGACUUGAUAAGCAGUGGUGUCGAGGUAUUUGCAACAACCACGAAGGCAACUUUCCUAUAGGAUUUACUGUUGAAGUUCAGAUUCCUCCUCUAGCUGAUCAACAAGAACUCUUUGCUGUUACACAUGAUUUUGUUGCUCAACAAGAUGGUGAUCUCACUUUAAAGAAAGGUGAUUUGGUGAUUGGAAUCCGUCCUGUUGAUUUACACUGGUGGGAAGGUCAGCUUGAUGGUCAUCAUGGUGUUUUCCCUUUAACACAUGUGUGGAAAAUAAAUCGAGAUAUACUUCCAGUGCACAAAUUUAACAAGAUGUUUCGAAAAGCUAGGGUUAAAAUGAAUUUGAAAGCACAACUUCCAGAAGAAAUAGAUCUUGUUAAAGAUGAAAUAGUUACUGUGAUUGAAGAAACUGAAAAGGGAUGGUACAGGGGUGAAUGCAAAGGCAAACAAGGUAUUUUUCCAGCUUCUUUUGUAACUCUGCUUAAUGAAGAUCCCUUGGAUAAUUUACAGUCUUUGUUGUCUGUACCUUCUACUAAUUCAUACAGUAAUGACUUGCUUCAAAAUGGCAAUCAUUCUGGUUAUGAUUGCAUCAACAGUGGCAUUACACCGUAUGGCCGAACUAUUUAUCCUUUUCAAGCAGAAUUUUCCAAUGAACUAAGCUUUGGUGCUGGUGAGAUCGUCAAUUUGAUUCGUCAUGUCAGUAGAGAUUGGAUAGAAGGUGAACUUGAUGGAAAAAUUGGAAUUUUUCCAGCAAACUUUAUUAACAUUAUUGUAGAUUGCCCAGACUCAAAAGAAAAGUCUGGUGGAACUUCAGAAACUUCAGAUGAGGGAGAUAAUUUUUUUCCUACAGACACAUAUGGCAGAGUAAUUUGUGAUUUUACCCCAGAAGUAGAAGGUAAUGUACGGUUGAAAGAAGGAGAUACUGUUACUUUGAUUCGCAAAGUUAGCCAGAAAUGGUUUGAAUUCAUUACUGAUAAUGGAGAAACGGGAUUAUGUCCAGACAGUUAUAUAGAAGUCAUAGGUAGUGGUCCACCAUCAUAUGCUGAAGUGAUGGGCUGUGAUUCUAAUCAGAGAUUUUCAUUGGUUAGUGCUGGAAAUAUUGCAUUAGAAAAUAUAAACACUUCUUCACAGCAGGAAAAUCCAGCAUCUUUCAGUUCAACUGCAUUUUCAUCAUUUUCUAGUCGUAGGACUUGUAGCAAUGACAUUUUUUCAAAAGAUGUUUCCUCUCAGAGUAUUGAUGAUAAAAUCAGUGAUAGUUUGAAAGGAUUAGAUUCUUCUUUAAUUGAAGCCACUGAUAAUUCACUUAAUAGUCAUGAUUUUAAGACAUUUAGUUCUGACUCUUUUACUGGCAGCAAAAAAUUGACAGACUUCAAUAACUGGCUAUCAGACUCACAAUCUGAAAAUAGGAGUCAAAAUAUACAUCAAACAAAUAUCAGUGAUUGGUCUUCAGAUAUUUUCUCUUCCAGUGCAAAAAAUGAUGUGAUUGAUAUUGCAAAUAACAAAAAUCAGCGUAAUGUACCUAGCAUUGUCAAUACACCUGCAAGGCCACCUCCACCUUCAAUUGCCUCCCAGUCCCCAAAUACCUCUUUGUUAAACAGUUCUAGUGUAUCUGCAAACUCUACUAGGUUAUCAGUGACAUCAGUGUCAAGUCAGAGUAGCUCAGAUACUGAUUGUUUUGAUCAAAGUGAUAUAAAAAAUACAUUGCAGCAGAAAGAAAAAGCUCUAGAGAUACGUCUAGCCUGUAAAAAAAAGCUUGAAAAUGAAAACCUUCGAAAUUCAAAUAACUUUAUCUCAGAGGAAGUUAAGACACAGUUAGCCCAACUUAAUGAAGACAUUAAACAACUUAAAGAAGAAAUUGAAUUGCUGCAAUCUGAACUUAAAGUGCAAGAAACUACUGGUGGAAAGACUGCUCAUGAAUGUAAGCAGAGAGAUGAAGAAGUUGCUAGAAAGAAAGCAGAGGAGGAAGAACGAAGAGCACAAGCAAAAAUGGAAAAGAUGAAAGAUCAGAGAUCAUGUAUCAUUACUGAAAUUUUGCAAACAGAGAAUGAUUAUAUUUCAAAUUUGAAAUUGCUGCAAAGUACAUUUUUAAAGAACUCUAAUGAAGCAAAAGAGAAAGGAAUAAAUGUUUUCACUUUAUUUGGAAAUUUGGAUGAAGUUAUUGAUGUUGCUGAUCGCCUUUUAAGGAGACUGAAAAAACAAAAGGACUCCCAAAAUUCAGAAAUGAUAGGAGAAUGUUUUGUGGAUAUGGCUGAUGAGAUGAAAGAAGUUUAUGGCCAUUAUUGUAGGAAUCAUGAUGAAGUAACAUCUGUUAUUGAUAAAAUUGAUAAUGACUCAGCUGCUGGGCAAUAUUUAAAACAUAAACUAGAAGUCGUGAAGGAGCAAACUAAUUGUUUUGAUCUUCCUUCAAUGCUAAUUAAGCCUGUGCAAAGAAUUUUAAAAUACCCUCUUCUUUUAAAUGAAUUACUAAAGUGUACCGAUGAUAGUCAUCCUGAUAAGCAGUGCCUUGUGCAAGCAAUUAGUCUUAUGACAGAUGUAGCUACUGCCAUUAAUGAAUUCAAGCGCAGAAAAGAUUUAGUUUUCAAGUAUCGUAAACAAAAUGAUACAAGUCUGUCUGGGAAGAUUUCCAAGUUCAGUAUGCAUUCAGUUGUAAAAAAAUCAUCCCGUUUUGGAAUGCGUCUUUCUAGUUCUAUUGGAUUGAAAACAGUU